GUCCGCCACAUUUGUAGCAGGCGUACCGUCUGUCUUUCUACUUGUAAUCCGUCUGUGUACUUUGAUAUUGACGACAUUGAGCACAGCCGAUGAGUUCGCAUUGAUUUGUGGCUCGACUCAUGAGUUCAAUGCUAGAUUUUCCACGAAUGGAAUUCACAAAGCGGCAGAAAAUAAAAACUUACAGCAUGAGUACGUGAAUGUUGCAGUCUGCUCAGGUGCUCAGCUACCUGCUAAAGUGAAAUAAAUACAAUUAGUUUAUCAAAAUAUAGAGCAGAUAUGCCAAACAGAAAGAAGUUCAAUGCUCGGUUUCCACCAGCAAGGAUCAAGAAGAUCAUGAGGACAGACAAAGAAGUUGGAAAAGUUGCGGCACCUGUCCCUGCAGUCAUCUCUCGAGCUUUGGAGCUGUUUGCUGAACAGCUGCUGCAUCGAGCUGGUGACGUCACAAUGUCACGUGGGUCGCGUACGCUCAGUCCUGCUCACUUGAAACAAUGCAUUCUGUCGGAGCAGCGCUUCGACUUUCUGAAGGACCUGGUGGCGAACGUGCCGGACGCCGUGGAGUCGGAGGAGGGGCCCAGCGCAACAGCAGUCUCCUCGCAGCCGGCACCGGCCGCCGCCGCCCGGCCGGUGCCGGCUACCCCCGCCCGGCCGGUGCCGGCCACCCCCGCCCGGCCGGUGCCGGUGCCCGCGGCCGGACCUGCCGACACCCGCAGAUCGGUCGGUCGACCGCCCAAGUACCUGAAGGUGGACAUGCCGAGCUCAGCCUCGGCCAGUACCAAUGGCCAGCCCCACAGCGCGCCGCCGGGCCGGCCGCCCGUGCCUGACCUCAUCCACACAUCGAUGCUGGGCCUGACGGGCGGCGCGGUGACGGCCGGCAUGUUGGGCGACCGCUUCAGCUUCGCCGCUGGCGCGCCGUUCGGCCUCGCGGCCGGCCUGUACGGCGCGCCGGCGUCGGCUCCCCGGCUGCCGGCGGGACGGAUAGACUGA